AUGUCUGAAACUGGGUCGCUAAAAAGAGAAGCACUAACAAUUAACUUGGAAGAAGUUAGUGAAAGUAGUAGCAAUGACAGUAAUAAUGUCGCCAGCGCUGUCAGUCCUAAUAGAGAUGACCCUGCUGAUCAUAGUAUUGUAAACACUAGCAUGCUUGAUUAUAAUACAUCACAAUUGAUUACAGACACUCCUGUAAGUCCAACAGCAACUGCAACUCAAGCAGUUGUUAAUGCGUCAGGCACUCCCAUAAGGAAUCCUAAUAGAUCUAAAUUAUCAGUAAAGGAUAUCAGAUUAAUCAUGUAUCUUAUUAUUCAUAUUAAACCAUUUAAAUAUAUAGGGAAUCGUUCAUUUAGUCAAACUAAAAAAUGGGAAUUGUUGCAAGACAAAUAUUUUGAAAUUAGAAGUCAAGAAACCAAUAGCGAGAACUUCUCAGUACCAACUAUUAGAACUUUACAACGUCAAUUGGCAGGUGCAAUAAAGAAGGCUCGUGCGAGACGUAAGAAGGAUGAAGAAAUGGGUGUCGUACGAUCACAUAUCAUACCUUCAACAUUGGAUGCAAUUGAAAAGGAUGAGUAUUAUGAUUAUUCAAGGAUUGAACCCGAUAGUUCAUUGGCUGAAAUGGAAGAUGCUGUAUUUGAUUUACAUGAAGUUAGCGAAAAAAUUAAAAUAAUUAAAGUACAAAAUUCUCAAAGCACAAAACAAGAAGAAGAAAACCAAGAGUCAUACAUUCCAGCAAGUUCAUCAAGUAAUUUAGCUAAUAUUAUUACUUCUUCGUUGGCUACUGCAAGCGCACCUGUUGUCGCUUCUGGUGUAACUCCAAAUUUAAACGCAGAACAACAAGCCAAAAAGACAAGAGCUAAAGAUGAAGCAAUAUUAAAACAAAUUACCCAACUUAAAGACAAUAUGCUGGUUAUAGAUGAAGACCAAACUUUUACUAAAGUGUUUAAAAUUUUCGAAGAAAUAGUGAAAGCUUCAAAUGAAAAUGAAUCAUUAAUUUUAAAUGAAAACUCCACAUUUAAAGCACAGAUUGAAAAUUUGACAUCUGAACAUUUUAAAAAAAUAAAUAACAUUCAUGAAACUCAUUUAUCUAGACAGCAUGAGUUUAACAAAAAAUUGGUUGAGUUAAUAAAGAGCAAAUGCGAAGAUAAUGAGAAAUUCCAACUGAUUAUUGGUGAUCUUGCAUCACUUAGAGACUUGAUUGAUUAA